CAUUUGUCACAGACCCAGUCAUUCAGUCGGCAAAAAUCAUGGCGUCUGCCAGCACGAGGAGCAGGUUGUCCUGCGGGAGAGAUUUGAAUUGUGUGCCGGAGGUGGCCGACACUUUAGCUGUGGUCGCCAAACUUGGGUUCGACUUCCUGUGCAUGCCUCUGUUCCACCCAAGAUUCAGGAGAGAAUUUGAGUUGGAACCUGCAAAAACUCGAUCUGGUGCCCACACCCGGUCUGAUCUGCUGCUGUGUGGAAGAGAUUGGAAUACUCUUAUUGUUGGGAAGCUGUCUCCAUGGAUCGAAGCAGAUUCUGAAAUAGCAACGGAACGCAGAAACGCAGAGGCAGCUCUGGCACAGGAGCUUAACUUCACAGCCUACCUGGGUCUCCCUGUUUUAAUGAUUCCUCUGAGGGGCCCCAAUAAUGCCAAUCUAGCUCGCCUGCUGCUUAACCACAUCCAAACAGGACACCACUCCUCAAAUUUUUGGAUACAUGUUCCACUAAUGGCACCAGAGGAUGUGAGGGAAGAUCUGAUUGAGAAUGAACCGACCACUUGCGUCGAUGACUCUAGUGUUGAUGAAAAGACGUGGAGCUGGUGGCACUCGUUAAGAACCCUUUGUGAUUACAACAAGAGGAUCUGUCUGGCUAUUGAAAUUGGAGCAGACAUACCGUCAGAUGCUGUUAUAGAUAAGUGGCUUGGGGAACCAAUCAAAGCAGCCAUACUUCCCACAAGCAUCUUCCUGACUAACAAGAAGGGCUUCCCUGUUCUUUCAAAAGCCCACCAGCGAAUCAUCUUCCGUCUUUUCAAGUUAGAGGCUCAGUUCAUCUUCACGGGCAACAGUCGUCACUCUGACAAGGACUUCAGAUCCUACUUGCAGUAUCUGGAAUACCUCAAUCAGAACCGGCCCUCACCCAAUUCGUAUGAGCUCUUUGCCAAGGGCUACGAAGACUACCUGCAGUCUCCCCUCCAGCCUCUCAUGGACAACCUGGAGUCACAGACAUAUGAAGUGUUUGAGAAGGAUCCUAUCAAAUAUUCACAGUACCAACAAGCUGUCUAUAAAUGUCUACUUGACAGAGUUCCAGAGGAGCAGAAAGACACAAAUGUCCAGGUGCUGAUGGUGUUGGGAGCAGGUCGAGGUCCUCUGGUCAAUGCAUCACUGCGUGCUGCCGGACAGGCCGGCAGGAAGCUGCGUAUAUACGCUGUGGAGAAAAAUCCUAAUGCUGUGAUCACGCUGGAGAAUUGGCGCUUUGAAGAGUGGGGAGAACAGGUGACCGUGGUGUCGUGUGACAUGCGGGAGUGGGCAGCACCAGAGAAAGCUGACAUCAUUGUCAGCGAGUUGCUGGGAUCAUUUGGUGACAAUGAACUCUCUCCCGAGUGCUUAGAUGGAGCUCAGCACUUUCUCAAAGAUGACGGAGUCAGCAUUCCCUGUUCCUACACGUCCUUCCUGGCUCCUCUGUCCUCAUCCAAGCUUUACAACGAAGUCCGCAGCUGUCGGGAGCGUGACAAGGACCCGGAGUGUCACUUUGAGACGCCCUACGUAGUCCGUCUCCACAACUUCCACCAGUUGGCUGAACCCAAACCGUGCUUCACGUUCACACACCCCACAAAUGAUAUGAACAAUAAUCGCUAUCAGUGCCUCCGAUUCUCAGUAGGGUGUAACUCUGUACUCCAUGGCUUUGCCGGCUACUUUGAAACCACACUGUACAAAGACGUCACACUCAGUAUAAAACCAGAUACACAUUCACCCGGAAUGUUCUCCUGGUUCCCCAUCCUCUUCCCCCUCAAACAACCCAUCUCCAUAUCCCGGGAUGAUGAUAUCACGGUGAGGUUCUGGCGCUGCAACAAUGGGAAGAAGGUUUGGUAUGAAUGGGCAGUGACUGAGCCUUCCUGUUCUGCCAUCCAUAACCCAGCAGGACGCUCCUACACAAUUGGCCUGUGAAGAUGACGCAUCAACAGGCACACACUCACACACGCUUCAGUGAGAUUAGGUGGCAGUUCAAUGGGGGUGAACUGGUUCUUGAUAUAUAUACGCCUUGAGAACCCAUCAUCAGUCUGGUUUGACAUUACCAGUAGUAGCACUUUUAUACCAGCAAAGAGAAUUGAGCCAGAUUUUUCAGUUUGUGUUCUCAUAAUCUGCUCUUCAACAGGCGUGGACUGUAUUACUCACACAGUACUGUUUCAGUGAGAUCUACUCAUUCAGAUUACAUCAAACGUCCUGUCAGUGAUUUUGUGAUAAUUUCCCCCCCACACACACUUUUCUGAACAGUGCAGUUUGCAGACAUACACGUUUAAUGCACCCAAACCAAUGCCACACAUUCCGUAGUAAUUCAUUCAAACCGGCAAAACCCCAUUUCCCCCCAAUGUGUUUAUCAGAAGAAUGUUUAUGAUGUCAAGUCACAUGCCAUGUUGUUUUGGAACUGUAUCUCCAUACCUUUGUUAUUUUGUUGUUUGAACCAUGUCAAUAAAGGCGACACCAUAAAGUU